UAUCCGAACAAAUCCGUCACUGCUGCCGUAUUUCUUUUAAAUAUACAUAGACUGCUAAUUUAACUGACGGGUUGGUUUCUACACAUUUCAUCUUGCUGUUGCCGUAUUAAUGAUAACACAAGAUGGCGCUGUGAGAUUAAAAAUCGUAUCGCGUUACGACCGUUAUCGGCGUAACUAACAAUUACAUAACUGUUAAUCUAUUCGAUGUUUUUUCUUAGCUAUAAUUUCACUCAGAAAGAACACAUUAGUCUCCUAAAUCAUCCAAAGACGUUUAAGUCCAAAAGGUCAUAGUGCUGUAAAUACAAACUCCCCAUUAAAUUAUUAGAAAAGAUACAUCAAAGUUCAUACCCUCAAUCAAGUCAAUAAAAAAAAAGCAGUAAGAUGACCGUGACAGAUCAUAUAUUAAAAGCGUAAGAUUAGCAGUUGAAUACAGCCCGUGUCACAGUAUAUCAUUUUCCCCAGUGACAGAUUGUAAACAUAGGCUAGCUUUACAUGGCGCAUCUCGUAUGAGUGGCCAUCCUGUAAAGAAGUUAGCCUGCGGAUGCUACACGCAGCUCUUUCUGCUUCUAGAAGUACGAUAGGGGCUUCAAAAUAGCAUCACAAUACAGAUGAGAGUAAAGAGCAUGUACGUGCUGGGUGUGGUUUACGAGGCCGAAGCCACUUUUGCAUCCAAUCCCUUGUGAGGUGGGAGGUGUUAAACCGAACCCGUGCCCGGGUUGCAUAUCGCGGUGCUGAAUUCAGCGAGGGGUGAUGUGCGAUAUGCGCACGGCGCUUCAGCCUUGAGAAGCUACGACAUAGUUAAAAAAAACAAAAAACAAAACAGUUUGAACUGAAUUAACUUGUGAAGAAAGAACCAAAUGGAAGAGGACCUCUGAGGGAGCACUGUAUAUCUUGCGAGAAAUACGCAAUUACACACAAAGGACAGUUGAAUUAAGACUUGAUAAUAGGGAUAUCACAGUGGACAUGUAAAUAUCCAACCACGUCUCAUCAAAAUGGAGCCAAUGCGACUUCUUCGCUGCUUUCUCCUCACUGCGCUGGUUACUCGGAUGAGUGUCUCCCAGUCAGUGUGUCCUGGAACUGAUAACAAACUCAGCACCCUGUCAGAUCUGGAUCAGCACUACCACACUCUGCGCAAGUUCUACGAGAACUGUGAGGUGGUGAUGGGCAACCUGGAGAUCACCAGCAUCGAACACAACCGCAACCUCAAUUUCCUGAAGUCAUUACUGUGCAGAAGGCCAGUUUCAACACAGAGUGCAGGGCCAUUUUCUGGGGAACUGAUUGCAAGAGAAGACAUCUUCUGCCUUCUGUUGAUUUGCCAUGAAUUGUCCAUCCGGGAGGUGACAGGUUACGUGCUGGUGGCCCUGAACCAGUUUGAGUACCUGCCUCUGGAGAACCUGCGCUUCAUCCGCGGCACCAAGCUGUAUGAGGGCCGCUACGCUCUGGCAAUCUUCCUCAACUACAGGCGUGACGGCUACUAUGGCCUCCGACAGCUGGGCCUCAAGAACCUCACAGAAAUUCUACAUGGUGGAGUAUACGUGGACCAAAACAAGUUCCUUUGCCAUGCGGACACCAUUCACUGGCAGGACAUCAUGAAGAACCCCCACGCUGAGCUGCUUGUGGUUCCUUCCAACUACAGCGGCAUUUCAUGCAGACGAUGUCAUCGAUCCUGUAACGGACGGUGCUGGGGUCACCAGGAGGAUCAGUGUCAGAGCUUGACGAAGACGGUGUGUGCUGAACAGUGUGACGGCCGCUGCUUUGGGCCCUACGUCAGUGACUGCUGCCAUCGGGAGUGUGCUGGAGGCUGCUCUGGACCCAAAGAGACAGACUGCUUUGCCUGCACCAGCUUCAAUGACAGUGGUGCCUGUGUGACCCAGUGUCCUCAGCCUUUUGUCUACAACCCAACCACCUUUCAGCUGGAGCACAACCCCAAAGCCAAAUACACUUACGGAGCCUUCUGUGUCAAGAAAUGCCCACAUAACUUUGUGGUGGACCACAGCUCCUGUGUGCGGGCCUGCCCCAGCAACAAGAUGGAGGUGGAGGAGAACCGCGUCAAGAUGUGCAUCCCGUGCACUGACAUAUGUCCUAAAGUGUGCGAUGGCAUUGGUACAGGCAGCUUACAGAUGGCCCAGACUGUGGACUCCAGUAACAUUGACAAGUUUGUCAACUGCACCAAGAUCAACGGAAAUCUGAUCUUCCUCAUCACCGGGAUCAAGGGAGACAUGUACCACAGUAUCUCUGCCCUGGACCCAGAGCACCUGAACGUGUUCCACACAGUCAAGGAGGUAACAGGCUACUUGAACAUCCAAUCAUGGCCGGAGAACAUGACAAACUUUGGCGUCUUUUCGAACCUUGUUACUAUUGGGGGAAGAUCUCUAUAUAGUGGGAUCUCUCUGCUGAUCCUGAAGCAGCGCUGGAUCUCCUCACUACAGUUCCAGUCCCUGCAGGAGAUCAGCGCUGGCAAUGUCUACAUCACCAACAAUAGCCAGCUCUGCUAUUAUAACACCAUCAACUGGACUGGCCUGUUCCGCACCAUGGGCCAGAGGGCCCUGCUCAAGAGCAACAAGGACCCACGAGAGUGUGCCCAAGAACGAAUGGUGUGUGAUAAGCUGUGCUCAGAAGCAGGAUGUUGGGGGCCUGGACCAGACCAGUGUCUGUCCUGCAGGUACUACAGUCGGGGACGAACCUGUGUGAAGUCCUGCAAUCUCUUCCAUGGAGAGUUUAGAGAGUUUGCCAAUGGUUCAGUGUGCGUCGAAUGUGACAACCAAUGUGAGAAAGCUGGAGAUAAAACACUUACCUGCCAUGGUCCGGGACCAGAUCACUGCACAAAGUGCCUUUAUUUGAAAGAUGGGCCCAACUGUGUGGAGAAAUGCCCUGAUGGCCUGCAAGGAGCCAACAGCUUCAUCUUCAAAUAUGCUGAGCCCAACAAUGAGUGUCAUCCCUGCCACCCCAACUGCACCCAGGGGUGUACUGGACCUCGUGUCCAAGACUGCACUGGAUUGAUAGACAGGACCCCUCUGAUUGUGGCUGGAACAAUCGGCAGCAUGUUUGUGCUGGUCAUCAUAGUGCUGGGGUUUGCCAUCUUCGCCAGACGCCAAAGUAUCAAGAAGAAAAGAGCUCUACGUCGCUUCCUGGAGACAGAGUUGGUGGAGCCCCUGAAACCCAGUGGAACAGCACCGAACCAGGCUCAGCUGCGCAUACUGAAAGAGACAGAACUCAAGAGGGUCAAGAUCCUGGGUACUGGAGCCUUCGGGACUGUUUACAAGGGCAUCUGGGCCCCAGAGGGUGAGAGUGUGAAGAUCCCUGUGGCCAUAAAGAUCCUGAAUGAAACAACAGGGUCAAAUGCCAACAUGGAUUUUAUGGAUCAGGAGGCAUUGAUCAUGGCCAGCGUGGAGCACCCUCACCUGGUGCGUCUGCUGGGCGUGUGCCUGAGCCCCACCAUUCAGCUGGUGACUCAGCUGAUGCCCCACGGCUGCCUACAGGACUACCUGCAUGACCACAAGGACAACAUCGGCUCACAGAUGCUGCUCAACUGGUGUGUGCAGAUUGCCAAGGGGAUGAUGUAUUUGGAGGAGAGGAGGCUGGUCCAUAGGGACCUGGCUGCCCGUAACGUUCUGGUGAAAUCUCCCAACCACAUCAAGAUCACGGACUUCAGCCUGGCUCGCUUGCUGAGCACCGAUGAGAAGGAGUACAACACAGACACUAGCAAGAUGCCCAUCAAGUGGAUGGCCUUGGAGUGCAUUCACUAUAGGAAGUUUACACAUCAAAGUGAUGUCUGGAGCUACGGAGUGACCAUCUGGGAGCUGAUGACAUUUGGAGGAAAGCCAUAUGAUGGGGUUCCCAUGCAUGAAAUUCCAGACAUCCUGGAAAAGGGGGAACGUCUACCCCAACCUGCAAUAUGCACCAUAGAUGUCUACAUGGUCAUGGUCAAAUGUUGGAUGAUUGAUGCUGACAGUCGGCCCAAGUUUAAAGAGCUGGCUGUGGAGUUCUGCAGGAUGGCCAGAGACCCACAAAGAUACCUAGUAAUCCAGGGGGAUGACUGCAUGAAGCUACCCAGUCCCAACCACAGUAAGUUCUUCCAGAGUCUUCUAGGUGAGGAGGAUCUGGGAAACCUGAUGGACGCUGAGGAAUACCUGGUACCCCAUGCUUUCCCAUCCAGAGUACACCCGGACUCCAGUACCGUACGAACAGUUAAGCCUUCGAACCAGAGCAGUCAUCAUGAAUUUAAUACACGGGAAAUGGGAGGGAUCCACUCCCAGGCAUCAUCCACCACCUCUUCUGGUAACCCUCCAGCUACAGCAGGAGUCCAGUGGGUGGCUCAGGCCUCCCAGGAGGAGCAGCGCUGUAACGGGAGCCUGAAGAAGCAGCCUGGAGCUGGGGAGGAUGGCAGCAGCCAGCGCUACAGUAUUGACCCUACUGUCUUCCUGGGAGAGAAAACCCAGAGAGGAGCUGCUACUGAGGAUGGCUAUGUGAAACCCAGCAAGGACAAGAGUUCCUCAGAUCAUAUGAGUCCUGUUGAAGAGAAUCCUUUUGUUGCUCGACGAAAAAAUGGUGAGAUUCAUGUAUUGGACAAUCCAGGUUACCACCACAGCACCCCAGAUGGAAAUCUUCGGGUUGAAGAGCCUUAUAUUAAUGAGCCCCUUUACCUAAACACAUUCCACAAAGGAAGUAUGAACCAAGUGGCUCUGAAGAAAAAUGGAGCAUCUGUUUCACUCCAUAUGACAACAGCAAGCAGCACAAUAGGCAGCCAUGUACUUCUCAGCACCCAAACUGGGAGACCCCAUCACCACAGCCAAGGUGUGCACGUUCAUUUUGCAGUUCCACCCGUUCAGCCUCCCCAGAGUGGAUCACUUGGCCAGAAUGGCCACCAUGUCCAUUUGCCCCAGACUAUCCACACUAUUCACCCCAGCAAGUCUGGACAUCACACUCCUUCUAAUCAGAUGUGCCACAUCAGCCACCAGUUCCAGCCAGCAGAUCAUCCGACUCAUAUGGUAAAGUCUUUAGUCACUGGUAAAAGCAGCCUCCCAGGCCAUCCCAUCUACUCAGGCAGCACAACACUGGCAGGUCAUACUGGAACAAUAACAGUGGACAAGCUGUAUGGGAAGACAUUUGACAACCCUGAGUACUGGCAGCAUAGUCUUCCACUCAGAGCAUCCCAAGAGAAUCCUCAAGAUUCCACCCAGAGCUGCCAAGCAAGCCUCUACAAGCAGAAACUCUACAAGCAGAAUGGUCGUAUCCGCUCUGUCAUGGCUCCUAACCCAGAUUAUCUGUUAGAGUCUGAAGCCAUUAGGCCAGGGACGGUCCUGCCCCCUCCACCAUACCGGCAGAGAAACACUGUGGUGUAACAUCCUGGUCAUUUAUGUUUUACAAAGCCUGAUUCCUUGACCAGCGCAUUAAUGGCCCAUAGUUUUAUUCUGUCAGUCAUUUAAGCAAAUAAAUGAACUCAACCUAGUGAGGAUCUGAACCUUCAUUCUUUUCUGCCAGUGUCAUGGUUGACACCCAUGGAAAGGGAAUACCAAUCCAACCAAGUGCCUCAAUACUCCAAUCCAAGAGUAAUGUUUUCCUCUUUCAACAUUUGGCGGAAUCUUUUAGUGUUCAUAAUUCUGUCCCAGCUGGAUGUGUUUUUUCUUCAUUUGUGAAGUUAAGAAAUUGUACAACCAACAUAAUGGCACAUGUAAACCUUUUAAAAGGGAUGCAAUUUGUUCAAACUGCAGUCUGUUAUUAAGGUGUAACAACUGAUGGGCUCUACUUUCGUGGACCAAGUGCUAGCACAGAAAUAAGCACAUGCUUGUGUGACAGAAAUGCUAUUUCAUGACCAGUGCAGAAACACUAAUCCAGCAAAGAGUGGCACAAAAAGAGGUUGGUUUAGACUGAAUACAUGAUCAGAAGGUGUGGUUAGGCAUGCAGCAGCAAUAUCCAAUCAGAUUAACUUUUCUCAUUCCCUUUAAAAGCUGAACAUCAGCCAGUGACACAGUGACAGUGCAAUGAGAAUUUUGCUGUGGCAGUGAACGUGCAACAUUAAAAAUAUAUGGCACUCAAAGCAGACCUCCCAGGACUGAUGAGAAUGAAAUGGCCUGGGAAGAGGUUGCUCAAAUCAUCAAUGAAACCUCUUCCAGAGCCAGAGAAUGAUAAUACAAUAAUGAUAAUAAUUAUUAUUAUUUUUAACAUUGCCAACAAUAAUUAUGAUAUACAUAUUAUUAUCAUUGUCAUUGUUGUUCACUGUGAUGAGAUAUUUACAUAAUUGUGAUAUGACUAAUUAUUUUAAUUAUUUUAAUUAGAUAAUUUUCCAUGCAUAAUGACAAGCCAACUGAUUCACAUUUAAUAGUCACAAUAGAAAUGUUUUUAAAUUAGUUGUGUUUAGUUAGCAAUUUGGAUAGUUUUAGUGGGGUGAUGGUCAUGGUCAAAAUCAAAUUGUGAGAAGUUGCACACAUCUUUAUAUGCCUACUUGAACUGAGAAAAAUAUCAUAUUGCUGUAAUGCGUUGGUCUGAGUGCCGCAGGGUGAGGGGCAGGACGUAUAGACUCCAUCGACGUGUACAAACAUUUAUUGAUACAUAAAGACAAUGUCACUCACAUAUAACAUAAACAAUGAACAUGAAACGAUUAACAUUAGGUCCACAAGUGCUGUUUAAGGUCAAAACUAAUUCAAAAUGGGGCUGCUCCAGUGGAUUUUACACAACCCCUGUUGUGUCACUUUGGCCACUUUGUUGCAGGUGCAACAAAUUAACAAACAGCAAAAAAAUGUAUGUGUGCCAUACUAAAUAAUUGAAAUGGGCGUUAUGUGACUUUAACUCCCCAGUACAAUCACAAAAUUAGAGCCUCUUGUGUUUUUUAAAGAAAUGUAAAUUGUUCUGUACAUCUGAAGGACAUCUCUACAGUGAAUGCCUCCCCAUGGGACUGCCAUUUUUGGGUUCCACAGAUUUAUUUGCCAACAGUUAAUUUCUGACAGAGCCACCCAUGAUGUAUUAUCCAUUUGACUCUGUGAACGGGUAUACUCUCUGCGAGAGUGUGUCUAUGCUGUGGCAAGAAAAAAUGCUCUUAACCUAUUUAUGGAUUGUGAAAGACUUGUUUAUCAUAUUUAUUUGCUUCUCUAGUCACAGGGUUUUACUUGCAUGCACUGGAAUUUAUUUUUCCCUCUUAGGCUCAUUACAUUUAUUGUGAAAUAUUUGAUUCUGUGCCAAAUGGAGUUUGAGGCUGGGGGUUAUAAUUCACAAUGUGAGAAACUUCCACCUUUUUUUAGCAAAGUCAACAGUGCAAAAAUGCUUAAUGAAUCAGGUGGAGAACACCCACAAGGUGGUGGGGAACUCUGUCCAGCACUGUUGUUGCAAAGCUUCAAGCCCCCAGUCAUAAAUGAUACAUUAUGUUGUUUCUUGAUAUUUGGAGUGACACUGUUUACAUCGCUUCCGUCCCAUUUUUUUCCCUUAUUUUUUAACCGGCCUCAUAAUUUUUGCUCAAUACCACUAUAUCUUCUAUUUGCUGAAAAUAAUAAAUAAAGAUCUUGUUUAAUAUAA